GUCACUGGAUGCUAAUGUACUGAUACAUUUCUGAUGAAUUGCUACUAAGUAACGAAUUUGAACUGAGGAUUGUUAAUGAUCAGUGAAAAAUUCUGAGGACUACUGAAGUUACAAAUCUACAAAGAAUGAGUACAGAGACGAGCACGGAAGAAAAACUCAAGUUGGCGUGCUACUUUGAGGUAUCUAAAAUCUCCAAGUUCGUCUGCGAGAACAACACGCUGCUGGGUGAACUGGAGAUGGACAAAAAUGCCAAACAGCUGAUUGCGGAACUUGUCUGGAAGAAGCUACAAGUGUACGCGGAGGAUUUGGAGGCGUUUGCCAAACACGCCAAGAGAUCCAGCAUCAACACUGAGGAUGUCAAACUGUUGGUGAGAAGAAACCCUUCACUGGUGGAACAUGUGACCAAGAUGGCUGAAGAUCUGGUGUCUUCUAAGGAGACCAAGAAGAAGAAAAAGAAGAUUGAGGCAAAGGAAGUGAAGGAGGUUGAUCUUGAGUGAUGCAAUAUUCUGCUGAAGACACCAAGACGGUUGAAGAUUUGGUGUCUCCUUAGACAAAAAGGAAUAAGAUGGAGGAGUUGGAAUGAGUAAAGAAGUGUUCUGAUGAAGAGUAUUUGAUCGUCAAAACAGUUCAAGAUGAAAAAGGCCUGAAAGAGAAUAUAACAUAUUUAUUUGAAUACGUGUUAAGCCAAUAAGUGCCUAAAACCUCGCUAGACAAGUUUUGAUCUAGGAAUGUCUAAGAUAGGGUGUGGACAAGUUCUUUAGGUGAAUUGAAUUUGGGAAGAACCCUGUUUGCAUUAUUUGUUCAGUACAGAAGUUUCAAGUUAUUGAUGUUACUUUGUAUAUAAAUGUAAAAUAAUUGUUAUUUUAUGAUUCGGAAAAUAUAUGUUCAGUCAUACAACAAUGCAUAGGUAACAAUGAUUUUGAAUUGCAGGAAGGACAGAUUUGUAACAUACACUCUAAAAAGAGUAAAAUAUAUAUACAUUACGAGAUUUAUUUACGAUGUUCAUUAAAUUAGUGUCAAUUUUGGAUACAUUACUGUAAUUGCCGUAGAUGGUAGAAACUAUUAAACUUAUAUCACUUAUGCUAAUGUUUUGCCCUAAAAGGUAUUUCAAAAUAAAGUGCAAUGUCAAAAAACCCGUAGAGUAUUGAGGAUUAAUUAAUAGCUGGCAACACUAACUUUUCAACUCAUAAAUCUGCAUAGCAAAGCAGGGAACGUUCAUUGUGAAGGUACACAUAGUUAAUUAAUUAUAUUGAUCAAGAAAACAUUUGAUGUGAAAUGUUUGUAAAUAGUUGAGUGCAACAGUUGUCUUCAAACACUGACAUUCUAUAAGUUAUUUUAUCUAGGUUCAUUGUAAUAAUAAUCUUGUUUUAAUUAAAUAUA